UGGCACUGCCUGCCGUGUGACUGGCCCUUUAACAGCUGAGGAAGGGGCUGCCCCCGGAGGAGGAGGAGGGAGCUGCCUCUGUCUGGUUUGUUUGUAUCUGCCGUACACUGCUGUGGAUGUGCCGGACAUGUAAGCAUCGCCUGCACCGACAUGGACCGGGCCAGCCUUCCCGGGGGCGUGCGGGGGGACCCGGGGCAGCUCAUCCACAGAGCCCUGGACUUCAAGACCCACGGGGCGCAGUGCUACAAGGACAAGAAGUACCGGGAGGCCAUCGGCAAGUACCACCGGGCGCUGCUGGAGCUGAAGGGGCUGCCGGCGGAGCAGGACGGCCAGGAGCCCCGGCUAACGGAGGAGCAGCGGAGUGCGGCGGAGAGCAUCGAGGUGGACUGCUACAACAGCCUGGCAGCAUGUCUUCUGCAAGCUGAGCUGGUGAACUAUGAGCGGGUUAAGGAAUACUGCCUGAAGGUCCUCAAGAAGGAAGGAGAGAACUUCAAGGCCUUGUACAGAUCUGGAGUAGCUUUUUACCACCUGGGAGACUAUGACAAAGCACUGUUCUACUUGAAGGAAUCCAAGAGCCGGCAACCAACAGAUACGAACGUCAUCCGAUACAUCCAGUUGGCAGAAAUGAAGCUCAGUAGAUGUUCCCAAAGAGAAAAGGAGUUAUCAUAAUUAAGAAAUCUAUUUGCCAAUGGGAUCACAUGACUGUUUUAUCACUGCGAGCUGUGCGGGUCAGGGGUCCUGUAUACCUGACCAGUUCCACUGCUUUUUAUUGUUUUUAGUUAUUUGGGGGUACCUGGGCUGGAUGCAUCUUUGCUUGGGUCCCCUGAACCUUUACUGCCAAGACGGCCAGGAGACGCGAAGGACCUGGAAAUGUAAUUUACUGUAUGUGUAAUUCUGUCCUCUGCUGCAAUGCACUCUGCCACCUGCUUGCACCCGCUAUGUUGAAAAGGGAAGGAGGGGGUGGUGAUGUCGACAGGGUGCAGAUUUCACCUUAAACCCUCAUUUAUUUUUUUAUUUGCUUAUGGGUCAAACAGUUUUUAUCUUAAAAGUGUCUUCUGCAUCAUGUGAAGUCUUUCCGGCCCGGCUUGUCACCGUAAGCUAAUUUUAUAGAUCUGUAAUUGUUAGAAACACUUCUACUGCUAAGGGCGAAAGCUCCAGCCCAAUUACAGAACAGGGGCAGGAAGCGGGCACUUUACCAAUGGCCGCAGUCCUGAUUACAGAGUAUAUCCUGCCCACAGCCCAUCCAGCACUGAUUACAGGGAGCAUUACUGUACAGUACUUCCCAUAGCGAUGCUAAGUUCUUCAUUACAACAACCUGUAGCCGAAAUCUAGAACAUUUCAUCUAAUAGGGAACAGACGUUCCUGAGCUUUUAACUAUACACAGGGCUUUCAUGGCUCCCCGCUUCUGAGCUGCAUGUUACAGAUUGUUGUAUGCUUUGAAGAAUGAGGACACGUACCUGACAACCUGUCUUUUUAUGUUAGAUUGUACAGUUUUCGCCUUUUACUACUGCAAUAGCCUGGGUUCAUUAACUUGAAUUAAAGAAGUACUUCGGGAAAACAUGAAUUCAAAGUA